AUGGACCUCUCUCGCAUCCUCGCGCCCAUGGAAUUGGACGUUUUUGACGACCACGACAUGACCGACGCCUCCAUGUCGUCGUCGCCCCGGUCGUCCAACGGCGGCGACUCGCCGCGCGCCUCGUCGACGCCGCACCUCCGCAUGGGCAAGUGGUUUCCCGAAGAAGAGCAAUACGCGCUAGUGCUCAUCGAGUGCUUUAUUCUCGGUGCAUUCGCCGACCUCGCGACAGGCACGUCGCUCCGAUCGUUCCUCGCGGAGAAGCUCCAGUGCCCACCCAUGCGCAUCUCCAAAAAGUUCUCGGGCGAAGGCCACCACCUCAACUUUGCCGGCGUCUCGAUCCCCAAGAAGCUCGGCCAGAAGCGCUACUUGCGCCAGAACGUCGACGCGCUCGCGGCUGCCAAGCUCGCGUCGCUCGGCGAUCUCAAGGCGUCCUUUCUGCGUGCGGUCGCUGAAGAGAAGCAGCUCGACCUCGCGGUCAAGGACAAGCUGCCGAAGCGCGCGAUGCGCAGUGAGCGCGGCGGUCUCUCGUUCGCAGCCAACAACCGCGUCGGCUACUGGUCGCGCGAAGAACAGACGUACGCGAGCAAGCUCAUCGAAGCCUUCAUGAAGGGCCAGCUUCAGCUGCGCAAGGGCACGUCGCUCCGGUCGUUCCUGGCGCACCGCCUUGGCUGCAACCCGAUGCGCGUCUCCAAGAAGCUCGCGACGUGCGCGAUUGCGGGCAUGGAGAUUCCCCGGCGCAUUGGCACGGCGACGUACCAGCCCAAGAUGUACCAAGACGCGAGCAUGGCCGAGAUCCUCCAGACCGAGCGCGAGCUGCAGUCGCUGCGGGCGCUCUGCUUUGGCGAGUCCAUCGAUCUCCUUAGCUCCUUCUCGAUGCUGUGCGCGGCCGCCCAGACGACCACUGUCGGGCACUAA